AUCAUGUUCUUCCUAUAUCACUUGAUGGUAGAAUAUAAUGAGAUUAUGUCUCAAUAGUUUUACAUUUUGCGAAAUUCACGUAUAUUCUUUUUCAUCAUAGCAAUAUUUUCCAAAAUACCACUGAUACUGACCACUUUGCCUUUCUUCUGUACAAAGGAAUCAGGCUGAUGUUGAUGCGAUUAUGCUGGAGAUUGAUGGAACCCCAAACAAAUCAAAAUUGGGGGCUAAUGCAAUUCUAGGAGUUUCUCUUAGUGUAUGUCGAGCUGGAGCUGGAGCAAAAGGGAUACCCCUCUACAAACACAUUCAGGAAAUAUCAAACACCAAAGAGCUUGUUAUGCCAGUCCCAGCAUUCAAUGUGAUUAAUGGAGGUAGCCAUGCUGGUAACAACCUGGCCAUGCAAGAAUUCAUGAUACUACCAGUAGGAGCAACCUCAUUUUCUGAGGCACUUCGGAUGGGUAGUGAAGUUUAUCACAUUCUGAAAGGAAUUAUCAAAGCUAAAUAUGGGCAAGAUGCAUGCAAUGUUGGGGAUGAAGGUGGAUUUGCUCCUAAUGUUCAGGAUAACAGGGAAGGAUUGGUAUUGCUCAUGGAUGCAAUUGAAAAGGCGGGUUACACAGGAAAGAUCAAAAUCGGUAUGGAUGUUGCUGCUUCUGAGUUCUUGACGAAGGACGGGAAGUAUGAUCUCAAUUUCAAGAAACAACCAAAUGAUGGUGCUCAUGUGCUGAAGGCUGAGAGCCUUGGUGAUCUAUAUAGGGAGUUUAUCAGAGAUUUCCCUAUUGUAUCAAUUGAAGAUCCAUUUGACCAAGAUGAUUGGAGUUCAUGGUCAUCACUACAAUCCUCAGUUGAUAUCCAGCUUGUGGGUGAUGACUUGUUGGUUACGAAUCCAAAAAGAAUAGCUGAAGCAAUUCAGAAGAAGUCUUGCAAUGCUUUGCUAUUGAAGGUAUGAGUUUAAAAUAACUUCUAUA